GUCUUAGUACCAUAAAUAAAGGAGACGCCUUAUAGUACAAUCGUCGCCAAAAUGAACCACCUUCAAAUUUUCCUCCUCGGUUGCGUGUUCCUCCAAAUCGCCUACUCUCAAGACGCCAAACCACCGAUUGAAAAUACAGAUUCGCGAAUCAUCAACGGCAAUCUAGCGACUCCUGGUCAGUUUCCAUGGCAAGCGGCCCUCUUUUUCCAAGGAGGCCCCGAUUCCAAAUUCUGGUUUUGUUCCGGGACCAUCAUCAGCCCAGACUGGAUUCUAACAGCGGCUCAUUGUGCCAACGAAGCCGACUCAGUUUUGAUUUACACCGCAAUAAUCGACAUUUCUGCCGAAGUUGAGCCUACAGCUAUCGAAAAUAAAUUCAUAAUCCACGAAAACUUCUCACCUGAUUCGCUGGCAAACGAUAUCGCACUGAUAAGAUUGACGAACUCGCUCACUUUUGAUGACGGCGUCCGGUCAAUUUCUUUGUCUUCGGAAGAAGUCAAGGAGAGUGUGACUGUUACCAUAAGUGGUUGGGGAAAAACUAGGGCUAACGAUUCAUCGAUUAGCCCUCUUCUGAAUUACGUAAAUUUGGUUACUAUAAGUAACGAAGAGUGUCAAAAGGCUUAUGGGGAUUCUGAGCUUAUUCUUCCGGAAAUGGUUUGUGCAGCCACCAAUCCUGCUCCGGUUCAAACUCCAUGCAAUGGGGACAGUGGUGGUCCAGUUGUGGUAGAUUUUGACACAGACAAUCCAAGGCAUGUCGCUGUUAUUAGCUUUGUGAGUGAUACUGGGUGUGAAAGUGGACUUCCCUCUGGGUACACAAGGACUGCCUCGUUCUUGGACUGGAUCAAAGAGAAAACUAAAAUUACGGCUUAGGAUGACCCAUUUCGCAUAUGUUUAUAGAAAUCUAUACUUAUAAUUUAUGUUAGUGUAAGGUUUUUGUAAAAUUUUAGAUACUUUGUGUAUGAAUAAACGUUUCAUUACGAAGAA